AUGACACCCUCUAAAUUGGAGGAGUUACUUGAUACUUACAGAAUGGGCAAAAAUACUGUUAGUGGAAUUGUGAAAGAAACAGCAAAUACAAUAUGGGAAUCCUUGGUAGCACAAGGAUUUUUGCAAGCCCCAAGCACAGAAAAGGAGUGGAUAAAAAUUGCGGAUGAUUUUGAAAAAAGGUGGAAUUUUGGAAAUUGUGUGGGAGCAAUCAGUGGAAAGCAUAAAACCCACAGUAUUGUGCUUUUAGCUGUCGUCAACUCGAAUUAUGAGUACAUUUUGGUUGAUAUAGGGGACGCAGGAAGACAAAGCGACGGUGGAGUCUUUGCAUCAAGCCAUCUUGGACAUGCCAUGGAAGAAAAUCUACUUAAUAUUCCUAAAUCCAGACCACUAAGAAUAACCUCAAAAAAAUUCCCAUUUGUAUUUGUUGGUGACGAAGCAUUCCCACUAAAAGAGUACCUAUUAAAGCCAUACGCAAAAGGAUUUAUUCAAAAAAAAGAGCAAAUUGCGAAUUACCGUUUGUCAAGGGCAAGAAGACAAGAGGAAAAUGUGUUUGGAAUUUGUGCAUGA